AUGUUGUCACGUAUUCAUAUAUCUAUGCGCCAUUUUCUAUGGUUUGUUUAUAUAUUACCAUGUUUUGCUCUAUUUUCUUGUGUUAGUUUAUCAUUAAUGAAAGAUUUUGAAAAAUCAACACGCACACAUUGUAAUGUUUCUAAUUUUCUUCCAUCAAUAUCAGCAUCGAUCGGUGAAUAUGAACCUCAACGUUUUAUAUGGCGUUUCUGUUUUGCUUUGAAUAGUAUUCCUCGUUAUGUUAUUGCUUAUUUACAAUUGAAUCAUGUACUUAAUCGUCAUUAUAUGGACUAUCCUGAACGUUUUACAUUAGUACAAAUAACAGGUAGUACUUUUCAUUUUCUUGAAUUAACAUCUCUCCUUUUAUUGACAUACGUAUCAUCGAACGAAAUCAAAUGGAUACAUGAAUGCUCCUUUAUUAGUUUUAUCAUAUGUUCAUUAGCACAUAUGCUAUUGACGGCAUUAACCGAUUAUUUUUGGCCAAGAAUAAUACAUAUUCCUUUAAAUGAACAAGAAAAAUCUUUACGUUCAAAAAGAUUAAGAUGGUUUAUGUUGAAUAUUCUUUCAGUUUUGACUUCAUUCUAUCUUUAUUAUCGACAUGUGACGUUUUGUGAACCAUACAUUUAUUCCCUGUUUUGUCUCUUUGAAUAUAUUAUUGUAAUAACAAAUAUUGCCUAUCAUUCGGUAAUUAUGAAUGAAUGGAAUCAACAAGAUGUACAAGUACAAUUUCUCAUUAUAUAA